UUAACGAAUGUACAGCCCUUUCUCACUUGCGAGUAUUACCUGUCACUGUGUUUGUUCGUGUGCGUGUGUGUCACUCCAGUCCCCUCUGACACUGACCUACCUAGCCGGCCAGUCGGCUCUGCUGUAGAGACAGUGGCCUGCUGGCCUCCCCUCAUCGGCGAUCAGUCGCUGUAUGCCAUCGCCCAACUCGUCGACGACCCAUUGCAAUUGGCCUUCGAACUACAGAUGCCCGUCUCGCCACACAUCGAAUUGUCCGGCGACCAACUCGACGCCCCUACCACCACCACCACAACAACAACAACAACAACUACCACGACCACGGCCAUAACUUCUGGACUGGGCACCGAUCGACUCAGUGUCAGCUCGCCGACCACCUUGACACCAAGUCGUCUAUCGGAGUCGCCAUCGCUACGACUGAUGCCAGUCUGGCUGGAGGCACAACAGGCCAACCUGAUGACCAUCUCCGAGACGGAGACCGAGGCGCUCGAUCUGGAUGUGGUAGACUCGAAUGAAGCUGUGCCCAGAGCUCUGUCGCCUGAGGCCAGGGCAGAGAUCGCCUUCAGAGUGCUCUGCGAAUGGAGGCGGCGGCAUGAAAAUACCUGGAGCCAGUUGGCGAUGGAGGCGACACUUGCCAGCGCCCCUGAACACAGACCCCGGGGCUCGGAUGGCCGUGAGAUGGGCGAUCUGGCCGGGCCGGCGGCCUCGCAUCCUCGAGACCAACUGGAGAACUGGUAUGCGAUCGCCUUGUUUCGCUCUUAG